CUACCAUGUCUGAGUUAAGAGGGCGGGAUUUGGCAGAAGCGGCGGCGGCGAAGAAACGGGGUCGAGAAUUCCUUUGGCUGCAGGGUGAAAUAUCGUCAUGUGGAAACGUAGCUUGCUGCUAUGCCCUGGGAAGCCCCCCACGUCGCGCCUUGUCCCACUGCCAGCCACCGCUUAGCCCCGUGACCCGCGUAGGGCCGCUCUGGAGGAGAGGAGUGGGUGGGUGUAGCGAGGUUACGAUGCGACUGGCGGCAGCAGGAAGAACUCCCGCGCUGGCACCUCACGGGGAAGGGGCGCGAAAACCGCGUCGCUUCUUUGCUUUUCCUUUUCUAGGCUGAGAAGCUUGCUUGGUUUGCGACGCUGCUUCAGGCGCGCUUUGCUGCUGCUUCCCCUCUUCCCGGCCAGCGCCUGCGGUACAUGCGUGAGCGUGUAUCACUCGAAGGCACAGCGGGGCAGGUCUCGUCUUGUGACGUUGGCUUUUCCCUUCCUCGGCGCAUCCCGCUGCCGGCUCCUUCGCCAAGUUCUCAGUUGCGCCCUUUUCCGUGUAGGGAGGUGAAAGUCCUUCCCGAGCCCUUUCGUCAUCUCCGCGCCUCCGCUCGACCGGGUGUUUGCUGGCUUGCACUCGGAUUAUUCAGUCUAGGCUGGCAGCGCGGAGGAGCCAAAUGCCUUGAGCCUCCUUCGGCGGAGGGGGGAUCCUGACAUGUGAAGAGGAUUUCCUUGCUACCUGCCGAGGAGAGAGGGACGAGGCCAUAAUUAUGGUCAGUCAUGUCUUGGCUGGCUUACUGGCUGGGUGAGGUCCAGCGGCUCUCGCUGCUCUCCUUGUUUGCGGCUGCUUUGACCGUCGUAGCCGUCUAUCUGGUGCAGUAUGGCCUGAGCGCUCUGCGGCAAGGCGAGGGGAAGCCGUCGCCGCCUUCUGAACUUCUACAAGAAGACGAGGGCUCUCUUUUCGCUUGGUUGCUGUCUCUGAACAGCUGGAGGAGCGAGUGGCAGAAAGCCUGGAUAGCAGCGCUGAACCGGGAAGCCAAAUUACGGGAGGUAAUGGAUUCCCCGGACUCCACCUUGUUUACGUUUGAAGAAGAUGUAGCUCCUCAGCCUCUAGAGCUUGUGGUACAACAUAUUAUAAAUGUGGUAAAGUCUGCUGAUGAAAAGGUGGUCUCUUGUAAUGUAAUUGGAAAUGCCUUUCAUUUUAUUGUUAGUGUGUCCCAAACUUCUCCAGUUUCUUCAUCUGUUGCUUCAAAAUGUCAGUCUUACCGUGUAAAGCUGUCUCCACUUUAUUUGCAGCUGAAACUUUCAGUGAAAUCCCAAGAGGAAAACGUUCAGGUCGAAUGGUCUUUCAUCUAUACUUCGGAAACGAAAACUGAAGUUAAGCCUACUGAAGUGCAAGAGAUAGCUGGGACAUGUGCAGUAUCAGACACACUUACAAGUGUGUUGCAGAAUAUCAUCAAUUCGGCAUCUCCCUCUGUGAUUCUGAGUACAAAAUCUACAGAUGUAAAGGCAAUACAGAAUGUACAAAAUACAGGAGCUCUCCCUCAGGGUACCAGUCCUCCUAAACCUCCAAGGGCUCAUGAACUUAAAUUGCUAAUGAAAAACAUCAAAGCUUCACUGACCAAUUUUACUGCAGGCAGUGUUCACCCAAUAUGCAUAAUUCAGCUCAAUGACCCUUUGCAGAAGUUUUCCAGCUCUGUAACCAAUAAUCCCAUGGACUUCUCUUGGAAGGAUGAGUUCAUCUUUGAAUUAAGUGCCAAAUCAAAAGAAUUGCAAGUAAAGAUUGUAGAAAAUGGGGAACUGGAUAGUGGUUUCUCAGCUUUUGCUACUGUACCUUUAGACUUGUUCAGGAAACAGCCUUCUGGAUACAGAAGUUUUGCACUGAACCGCCAGCAUGGCAGUAGUAGCUCUACAGUAGGAUCUGUUGUCGCAGAGUUCUUAUAUGUAGACCCUUCAGAGUCUAGAUCCUUGCAAGCUCCUGCCAAGCUUCCGGUUGCAAAAGUAGAGAAAGAUCGAACUGUGAUGCCCUGUGGGACUGUAGUCACUACUGUUACUGCUGUGAAAGCCAAACAUUUAAUAGAAGGGAGAGCAUCUAUUCUGCAUUCAGUAGAUUCACCAAUGCGAAGUCCUGCUAAAAUGAAGAUAAUUGAAAAGGAUUUGUCUAUUCAGGCAAUCCAUUGCCAGAAUGCUUCAGUAAGCAAGAUUUUAUCAUCUUCAGAUACAGAGCUACUGGUGUUGAAUGGCAUAGAUCCUGUGGCUGACAUAGCCAUUCGACAGCUAAGUGAGUCUGCAAAGCAAAAGCUCAAGUCUCCCAGGAAGAAAAGCACGAUCAUAAUAUCAGGGGUAUCAAAGACUAAUUUAUCUCAGGAUAGCGAAGCUGUACUCAUGAUGGACUAUGCAGCAGCCAUGGAUGGCUCAUAUAAACAAGAUAACUCUUCCAGUGUGGAAGGAUCUGUUGCACAGUCCCCUUCUAAUGAGAAACUAUCGCCGUAUGUAUCCCAAACAAUAUCUGCCAAUGAAGACCCCCAGGAAAACAGCCAUGAUGCCUGGACCUUGGAUGACAGUAGCCAGCAAUGGCACAGCAAUGCACUACUAGACCAAGACUGUGAUAAGAUGUCUGGGAACUCCAUAAGCAUCUCAGAAUCUGGAACUGUGAAGAAACCCAAAGGUGGAAUAUUAAAAAAGAGUGCAAAGCUAUUUUUCCUCCGACGGCACCAUCAGAAAGACCCAGGAAUGAGCCAGUCACAUAAUGACCUCAUUUAUCUACAGCAAUCCCCAUCAGAUGGUACUCGAAAAAAGGGGGGAACUUUAACACGUAUUCUGAACAAGAAAAUUCUCUUCAAGAGCAAGAGCAAACUGAAUGGCACAUCAGUUGAACCAUAUGCAUAGAGCUUAGUACAUGCCAAACAUAUGUGACCUGCACAAGACCACUGUUUACAGAAAUAUAAAUUAUCAUAUGCUUUCUGAGAUUCACUAAUGCUGUGGUCUGUGGAAAAGGCUGGACAACAAAGCAGGGAAGUGGAAUUGAAGACUUAUGGCUAUUUAUGUUUCAAAGACUGAAGGCCUAACCAUACUUUCUUGCAAGUAAGCUUAUUAAAAUCAGUGGGCUUUAAUCCCAAACUCUAUUUUUUAGAAAUCAGGUUUAAAAUGUAUUUUUAACUUGGAACUGAACAUAAGUGUACCAGGGAAUGAUCGUGGAUGAUUGUCUGCAUGAAUGUAUGUUAACAGUGGCACAUCAUGGUUGCAUUUUUUAAAAAAUCAGUUCAAGAGCAGCAAUACAAAUUUUAAACGGUAUUUAUUAAGUUGGAAAAAUGUAAAGAGUAAGAAAUCAUGAUCCAGAUGAUCUGAACUGGACAACAUUCAUUUACAGUACAAUAUUAUAUAAGCAAAUCUUGUACUAUGCAGUGGGGCUUAAUCCCGGGUGCAUAGGAUUACAGCCUCAAAAUGUUUCUGGAAGGAAAAAUGAAAUGCUGAAUGGGGCAGCCUGAUGUAAUAAUAAUUGCUAAAACUGUGUAAAUUAGACUUGUUUUUGAUAGAUAGUAGCCAUACAAACUGGUAACUUAUGCAAUUACCUAUUACAAAUCUAAUUUUAAUUUUCUGUGCAUAUACCAUGAUAAACCCCUUUUUUAUAUUUUAAGUUGAUAUGCUCACAAACUAUUUAAAAACUCUCCAUAUUAUCCCAUAAGAGCAAUUUACAUUUGCAAUGCAGCAAUGUACCUUGGGAAGCCUACAACUUACUAUAUAAAUGCAGUCCAUCAUAGCAAAACUAGCGAAUAACAUCAAGGACGGCAUAUUUAGUGUUUUCAAGACAUUUCUUUCUCUGUUCAACUUUAGAACAGGCACAGCAAUCCAAACUAUAGGAAGCCAGUGUAAUUUACGCCAGGGUAAAUUAUACCAGUGUAACUUACCCUUAUUUCAUACUCCAUUCUGGGAGUUACUGCUGGCCUGAGCCUGGCACAGGGAGGACAUGCCUUUGAAAUAGUUUUUCACCACCCUUGCUGCCAGUGUUACUUCUGCUGGAUUGCCAGGUCACAUGACUUCACUGAAGAGAGUUUGGAACGGGCAUCUCUCUUCCUGCUCUGUCCCAUCCCAACACUCUCCCAGAACUCCCCUUUUUGGGGACUUACCUUGGCCUUGACUGAGCUGGAAAGCCUUAUGCCAGCAUAUCUCCAGCUGAGCCAGGAUGAGGGACUUCAGCCAGCAUAGCCCUGGCUCAUUUGGCGAUCUAUAUAUUCCAAACUCCACUCAUCUGGGUGGCUCUUGAGUUUGGAUUGCUCCCUAGAUAGAUCACAAGAUGUGUACAUUUAAGUUUUGAUAGUUUGCUUCUUAAAAUACCAACAAGGGGGGAAAUGUUUCACCCCGUUUCCUUACUGACUAGACGGCAAGGAAAAAAGAUUACAUGCCUAUAACUUCCAACUGACAUUCUUGCUCUUUAAUUCCUUAAUUGAAAUUGUAAACCUUACCCUUUUUUAAUCAUUCAGAUUUCAUUGGGGAUUUACUUCAGAACAUGUGGCUUGAUUGGACAGCAGAAUCAUGCUUUGUUAACAAUAGCAUUGCUGUAUUGAACCAUUAAAUGAAAAGACUUCAUUGGAAUAAGUGAUGCUGCUCCUGAUAUGUACAUUAGGGAUUUACAUAAGCUAUAUUGGUAGUUUUGGAUGCAGCAUUCUGAAGUCCAGUAUACAAAAGAAGGUUGUUGAAGUUAAGCAACAAUUUCCAGUAUGUUAAGAAAGCCUAUUAGACAUUGACUGCUAGAAAGUUAACUUAUAAAAUGAAAUAUUUGUAUAUAAAGCACCAUGUGAUGCUAAUUAAAGCUUUCUUGAAGGAAAGGCCCAUUUUACAAUCAAUGGGGUUUCUUUCCAUCUAAAUGGAUUAAGGAUUGGGUUGCAAAUGUGUUCUGUUACGAGUUUUCUUCAUUGUAUAGCUUGAUGAUGGCACAUAAGUGGAAUGAAAUGCAAAAACACUUCAAAAAGAGGUCUCGUUGCUCUAUCUUACAAAUACUUGAACUCUGAAAAAUUAUUAUUUGAAAAUCUUAAAGCUCUGUUGCUGGAUUUUAAAUAAAAAAUACCAAAGGUAUUGUGUGGCUUGCUUGUUAAUGUUGUGUUCAAAUUGAAACCCCUGUGUUAAUAAAACUAUAAUUCACUGGUCUUACCUAAACCAGCUUAGGCUUCAUGAGAAAUAGAACCAGAGUGGCAUUUAUCUGACUUUCGGUAUAAAAUGUAGAUUUAUUUCCUUGUGACCUGACCCUUACCGACAUUCCAGUGGCUCACAUAAUAAAAGCCGGAUUACGCUGGAGACUCCCCUACUAUGCAUUUCAUACCGUAUAUAUGCUUAUGGCUUUGCUUAUUACUGUCAAAAUGUUUCACACAGAAAUGUCAAAGGCUGCUUUAUUGUCCCUCAUAGCUCUCGAGUUGUAUCCCUCCCUUUUGAUAUGCAAGACGAAAUGAUACCAUGUCUGUGUUUAAGUUAGAGGGCGCCCGGUUGCAAUUGAACCUCCUCUUCCCAUGCGCCUUUGUCCGUUCCUGCAUAGUGCUUAUCUCAAGGACAUGUGAAAUAUGUAGACAAGUUGACAGUGCAAUGUUUCCACUUUUGUUCUUCUCCUGUACCCCUUUUUGUUUCUCACAUACGUCCUAAAGCUAGGGCAGUUAGCAAUUGUUUCUUUAUGUUUUAUGACGUGAACAUGAUACUGUAAACUUCGGGGUAAACCUAUAUAAACCCCCAUCUAUCAAUAAACGCUGUUCCCAUGCUCACCUGCUUUGGCUUGUAAGUAUUGGGUCCCCUUUGCAAA